AUGACUCUCCCUGUAGCCUGUCCUCCUUCCUCUGCCUCGUCUGAUCCGCCUACUGUCGCUCAACGCAAGCGACGCAGGAGAGCUCCAGCCAGCGGUGCAUCGGACGAUUGUUUCACUUGUACCAAACGCAACGUAAAAUGCGAUCGAAGAAGACCAUAUUGCUCGCAAUGUCUGGAAAUAGGAAAUGAGUGCUCAGGUUACAAAACUCAAUUGACUUGGGGUGUGGGAGUGGCAAGUCGAGGAAAACUGCGAGGUUUAUCCUUACCCGUUGCAAAAUCCCCUCCUGCUCCAAAAAGUCCACCCAUUACUCGUCCUCGAGCUGCUUCUACCAUUGCGAGAACUUUGGGAAAAAAUGAAGAGGGUGUUCGAAUCAAAUUAGAAAAUGCAGCUUCUUUGCCUGUUAGCCCAUUCAUGACAUAUGAUUUUGUCAACAUGGCACCUCAUGGAAAUGCUUCAACGGCUACCCAAAUGUCAGAUUGGAAUAUUACCGCACCAUCUCACGAAUUCACAAUUCCAAAGUACCAUCCUGAUACACAACAACGGCACAUGCAAAGAUCUUUACCCCCACAACUUCAUCGGAUACAUACGCUUAGUAUCGGAAGACCAGAAGGACUUUCUAGUUCCGUGGACUCUCUGAGUCCAUACCCUGACAGCGAGUAUACAUCACCGAUCAGUCAGUCUUUUCAAAAUGAUGAAGUUCCCUUCCUCAACAGCCCCGCGCCGUUGUACAACAGCUAUUCUUCUAGAAAUACCUCGGUAACAGAUCAAAGUUCGGAUAUUAUGGGAAACUCACGUGGGCCUACAUCAUGUCCAGAUCAAUUUUACGCUCCAUCAGAAAUGAGCUCAAGCAUGAGUUCCCAUCAAAACAUGUAUGACCUGUCAGAGGGACGCCAACCUCAACGAUCUCAUCAAACGUCUUCUUCGGUACAUGAAAUCUUCUAUGACGAUGAAAUGUUAGGCAUUCAAAACUCUCACGAGCCCGAAGUAUUUGCUACAAGCGCCAGGUCUAGUCAUUUUGGUUGGACUUCUAUAAAUGAAGAUGAUGUUGGUUCCCCUACGUCGGAGACAGAUACUUAUGGUCAUAUUACUGGGCAUGAUUCCAUGUCAUCUUCACUUACAUCUGAAAUGUCACCUCGAAUCUCAUUCUUUCUAGAUUACUACGAGAAGAUCAUCUGCCCGUCGGUAGUGGUCAUCGAUAGCCCCUCAAAUCCAUACCGCGAACAUAUUCUCGCUCUAGCAUCCUCAAGUCAAAGUCUUCAACAUGCCAUUUGUGCGCUUGCUGCUUGCAACUUACGCAUGAAACGAAAGCAAUCAUUAGGUCAAGAUCAUUGGCGUCAACCAAUUGAACUCGAACUUCAAGAUCGUAUAAAUGCGGGGUCUAUUGGUAGACCGGUUUGCACUAGAAGAACCUCCACUCAAUCAACAUUAACCGAUUCUUUGAGCACCGACGCAUCGCUCCAAGAAGAAUAUCAACAUCGCUCUCUAGCCGUUUCCCUACUUAAUCAACAAUUGACCGACCCUUCCAAGGCCCGCCACGAUUGUGUUCUCGCGACACUCUUCAUCCUCUGUCAUUACCGAAUGUGUGAAUCUGGUAUUGCUCAAUUCCGUACUCAAUUCGCUGGAGUGAAAAAGAUUCUCGGGAUGCGAGAAUGCGGAACUGAGACCGGUAAUUGGGGAUGGAUGGAAUCUCUCUUCACUUAUUUUGACGGUAUUGCCGCUUCAAUCAAUGAUCGUGAAGCUCAGCUUCGAGGUGGAUACCUUGAAAUGCUAGCUAGCCCAUCUAAUCCCAAUCACGGGCUGGAAAACAUGGCAGGCUGUGAUGCUGUCCUUUUCAAAACGAUCGCCAAGUUGGGACGCCUUAAUCUAUUGUCGCAGCAUCGUCCAGUCAUGAACGAUGCCCUGACCCACCCCCCUCAUCCAAAUCAUAUUCACCAUGCCAAUGGACUUCACAGACCUCGUCUAGCUGGCCAAGCACUUGUCGACUUUUAUAAUCUCCAUUCUCUUUCAUUUGACGGCAAUGGUUUCGCUUCAACAAUGUCUCUUGACGAUGAACCCACUUUUCCUAUGCAAAGUCUCACACCUCUCUCACCCACUUCCUGCUCUCCAACAUCAUCUGUUCCAUCCUUCAUGUCCAGUGAAGAUCCACAAACUACAUUUUGGACCGAAUGGAAAGCCGCUCGCCUAGCCCUUCAAGAGUGGGAGUUCUCUCCUUCUCACAUUGUCUCUUCCCUCCCAGUCACUCCAACUCCCACUCAGCUCCGUGAUUUCGGAUAUAUUUCUGAGGCAUUCCGUUACUCAGCUCUGUUAUACACCGAACGUCUUGCAUGUCCCAAAACGCCAAGCUCGCAUCUCAACUUCCAGAAUUUGGUCAGCCAAGUCUUGUUCUAUGUAACAAGUUUGGAGACCAAUAGUGGAUGUGAGAAGUUCUUGUUGUGGCCCCUUUUCAUAAGCGGGAGUGAGUGUGUCAAUGAAUUGCAACAGAGUAUUGUAAGAAGUAAAUGCAGAGAGAUUAUGGGGAGAUCGGGAUAUCUUAAUAAUUUGGCGGGAUUGGAAGUUUUGGAAAAGUUAUGGGCAGAAGGGAAAGAUGGUAGAGCAUCCCCGGAUACGAUGAGAGGUCAAGGGGGACCUUUCAAAUGGAGUAAGCAUAUGGAGGGGACUGAGGGUGAGUGGAUUAUGGUUUGA